CGUGUGUGAAGGGGGGUGCGGCGCGCGGUCCCGGGGUCCCGGAGGGGAUUUCGCAGGCGCUGGGUCCCUGCGCGGCUGUCACGGUGGUCGCCGCUGGGGUCGGAGUCUGGGAAGACCGAGUAGUGCCGAGUUCCUUGAAGAAAAUUGUUUUAUGGACAGUUUAUGAGUCUGUUUUCACGCUGCUGAUAAAGACAUACCGGACUCACGGUUCUACGUGGCUGGGGAGGCCUCACAAUCCUGACGGAAGGUGAAAGGCAUGUCUUACGUGGCCGCAGGGAGAAUGAGAGAAGGAGAGCCAAGCGAGAGGGGUUUCCCUUACAGAACCCAGAACCCUCAGAUCACAUGAGACUUACUGCCAUGAGAAGAGCCAAGCGGAAAGGGUUUCCUGUACAGAACCCAGAACCAUCACAUCACAUGAGACUUACUCACUGCCAUGACAACAGCAUGGGGGAAACUGCCCCUAUGAUUCAAUUAUCUCCCACCGGGUCCCUCCCACAACACGUGGGAAUUAUGGGAGCCAUAAUUCAAGAUGAGAUUUGAGUGGGGACCCAGCCAGACCAUAUCAGACAAGAAUCAUGCUUCUCAAAUUUGGGGUGCGUGACUGAGUGCAAACACCUGUGAAAACUGCAGGAUGAAUGCAUUACAACUUUCUGGAACAAGUCAUUUUACCUGAGUAAUUGGACAGGGAAAGCCAAGUGAUCUGCUUAUCUGCCCUGCUUUACCAGCUCUCUGCCCCUCUCUGAGUGUGGACCCUAAAGGGGGAGGAAGGGAUGCCAGCUGCACGGGGGAAAUCCAAAUCCAAGGCACCUAUAACAUUUGGGGACUUAGCCAUCUACUUCUCCCAGGAGGAGUGGGAAUGGCUGAGCCCCAUUCAGAAGGAUUUGUAUGAAGAUGUCAUGUUGGAGAAUUACCGGAACCUGGUCUCACUUGGUCUUUCCUUUCGGAGACCAAAUGUGAUCACCUUAUUGGAGAAAGGGAAAGCACCCUGGAUGGUAGAGCCAGUAAGACGACGCCGGGCUCCUGACUCAGGGUCUAAGUGUGAGACCAAGAAGUUACCUCCAAAUCAAUGCAGCAAAUCUGGGCAAAGCAUCUGCCAGAAACUAGUUUCUGCACAACCAAAAGCUCCUACACGAAAGAGUGGCUGCAACAAAAAUUCAGUCCUAAUAAAGGCUAAGAAGGGGCAUUCCGGGAAGAAACCUUUAAAAUGUAAUGACUGUGGUAAAACCUUUAGUCGAAGCUUCUCUCUUAAACUUCAUCAGAACAUUCAUACUGGAGAGAAGCCUUUUGAAUGCAGUAAUUGUAGAAAAGCUUUCAGACAGAUCUCAUCCCUCGUACUUCAUCAGAGAAUUCACAGUGGAAAGAAAAGCCAUGAAUGUGAUAAAUGUGGGGAAAGCUUCACUCAAAGAACAACCCUUAUUCUACAUAGGAGAAUUCAUGAUGGAAAGGAAAUUCUUGACUGUGAGAAGGCCUUGAGUCAAUGUCAGUCUUUCAAUAUACAUCAGAAAAUUCACGUUGUUGGGAAUGUCUGCCGGUGCAAAAAGUGCGGGAAAGCCUUCAGUCAGAUGUCAUCCCUUUUACUUCAUAAAAGAAUUCACAAUGGAAAGAAAACACAUAAAUAUAAUAAAUGUGGGAGAGGCUUCAAAAAGAAAUCAGCCCUUGUUAUACAUAAAAGAAUUCAUGCUGGAGAGAAAAUCCCUGAAAAUGUGAAGGCCUUAAGUCAGAGUCUACAGCAAAGAAAUCACCAUUUAGAGAAUCCUUAUAAAUGCAGAAAAUGUGGGAAAUUCUUUAAUAGGAUUUCACCCCUGAUGCUUCACCAGAGAAUUCACACUUCAGAGAAACCAUACAAAUGUGAUAAAUGUGACAAGCUCUUCAGGCGGCUUUCAACCCUUAUUCUGCAUCUAAGAAUUCAUAAUGGAGAAAAUCUAUACAGAUGCAAUAAAUGUGAGAAGGUCUGCAAUCGGCAUUCAUCCCUUAUUCAACAUCAGAAAGUUCAUACAAAGAAAAAGAAACUAUUUGAGUGUAAGGAAUGUGGGAAGAUGUUUUCUGGAACUGCAAACCUUAAAAUACAUCAGAACAUUCAUUCUGAAGAGAAACCUUUCAAAUGCAAUAAAUGUAGUAAAGUUUUUGGCCGCCAAUCAUUUCUUAUUGAACAUCAAAGAAUUCAUACUGGAGAAAAACCCUACCAGUGCGAGGAAUGUGGAAAAGCCUUCAGCCACCGAAUCUCUCUCACACGACAUAAGAGAAUUCAUACUGAAGAUAGACCCUACGAAUGUGAUCAGUGUGGGAAGGCCUUCAGCCAGAGUGCACACCUUGCCCAACAUGAAAGAAUUCACACUGGAGAGAAGCCAUAUACAUGCAAAACAUGUGGUAAGGCCUUUAGUCAGCGCACAUCUCUUAUUCUACAUGAAAGAAGUCAUACUGGAGAGAAACCCUAUGAAUGUAAUGAAUGUGGGAAGGCCUUUAGCAGUGGCUCUGACCUUAUUCGACAUCAGAGAAGUCAUUCUUCAGAGAAACCCUAUGAAUGUAGUAAAUGUGGGAAGGCAUAUAGUCGGAGCUCAUCCCUGAUUAGACAUCAGAAUACACAUUCUGAAGAAAAAGCCUAAGGUUGUUUUAAAUCUAUAAAAUCAACGAAUGAGGCUAUUAGAGAUACGGCAAAUAUGUAUUUGUCUGUAAUGUAAAUUUUGUGUAUAUGGGACCAUUUGAUGAUAGGUCCCACUUUGAAAGCCAAAGAGCAAAACUCAUUGGUGAUUUUGACCUCAGGAUUUGAAAUUAACUGAAGGAAACUCAGAAGUUUGGUCAGCCAUUGGAAAUGAAGAUCAUUUUUUAUUUGAUAAGAAUGACUGGCUGGGCACAGUGGCUCACACCUGUAACCCCAGCACUUUGGGAGGCUGAGACGGGCGGAUCAUGAGGUCAAGAGUUUGAGACCAAUCUGGCCAACAUAGUGAAACCCCAUCUCUACUGAAAAAUACAAAAUUAGGUGGGCGUGGUGGUGCACACCUGUAAUCUCAGCUACUGGAGAGGCUGAGGCAGGAGAAUCACUUGAACCCAGUAGGUGGAGGUUGCAGUGAGCAGAGAUUGCGCCACUGCACUCCAGACUGGGUAACACAGCAAGACUCUGUGUCAAAAAAAAAAAAAAAAAAAAGUGAUAUUUUACUUCCAGCAUAGUUUUAAAGAUAAUUCAUUGGUCACAUACAACAAAGUAUAAUUCCGAAGUCUAUUAUUGGGCUCUGAGCCUGGUUUAAGGUCACAGAAGAAAGAAUUUGAGUCUGUUUCUCAGAUCUAGAACUAUCAAAUAUCAGGAACUUCUUGGCAAAACAGGGUGCCACUUUCAACCGACAAACUUGUGGGUGAGAAUAAAGAAAAGUGAGUCUUUAGGUAGAUAAAGGCAUCAUUCACUCAUAAUGGUGUGUAACAGUAGAAACCUUAUUGUACCAUCUCCGUGGAUAUGAGAAUAUAUGAUCUUCAUGGUCUGAACAUCUAACAUGGCUGAGACAAGCUAUCAGUAAAAGAACCAAGAUACAGUGAAGAAUGAGGAUUUCAGAGCCAGGAGAAAUCAGUAUUGUUUUAUUUGGAAAUAAAUCAUCUAUAUUUAUAUGAAUAAACAUUGGUAUUUUCAUGUAACAAUACUGGUAUGCAAUAAGUGGUGAAAUAUGAGUUAUUAUGGACUGAAUGUUUGUGUUCCCCCCAAAAAAAAUUCAUUAUGUUAAAAUCCUCACCAUCAAUGUGAUGUUACUUGGAAAUGAGGCAUUUGGGAGGCAAUUAGAAUUAGAUGAGGUCAUGAGGGUGGAGCCCUCAUGAUGGGAUUAGUGCCUUUAUAAGAAGAGACAUUGGGCUGGGCGCAGUGGCUCAUGCCUGUAAUCCCAGCACUUUGGGAGGCCAAGGCGGGCGGAUCACGAGGUCAGGAUUUCAAGACCAGCCUGGCCAAUAUGGUGAAAUCCCGUC